UUAUUUUCCAUCCUCAUUUCCUCGAUUCACGGUUCUCCUCAAUUUCUCCAAAUAUUUAAUAUCGCGUCAACAUAGAGUCUAGCUGAAUAAUGCAAGCUGUUAUAUUAGAUAACAUGACUGACGCUUUCCUGACUACUAAAAGAGAAUAUUCCAUAUUAUCUACAUCUUUUCACCGUUAAAAUGAACCACAUGUUACACAAAAUCGAGGCGCAUGCUUCGUUACCAGGACGACCAAUUCGCCUAACCGUACACAAAACGUCCAUCAGCAUAAAUAAACCUAUUGUUAGUCUCUUUUCCAUUCAAAGGUUAUAGCACUGUUCGAAAGAAAUUAGAUUUAAUCCAAUUUCUAUCCCUAGAAAUUUUCUAAAAAUAUCGUAGCUUUUAAAAAAAAUUAGAAUACUACUCUGAAGUAAAAAAAUAACGCGGAUCUACAUUAUUUACAAUCGUAAUAAAUAUAAUGAAUCCAAAAUAAAUAUCGCGAAUUUAUUAACGUGACAAAAAAAAAAUAUCAUAGAUCUAAGUUAAUCUAAAAAAACAUUUCCUAAAUAAAAAAUAUAGUGAAUACAAAAUAAAAUAAAUAUAAAACAAAAUAUUGUGAAAUAUUUAGUGCAGAAAUAAAAAAAAAAACUUAUGGAUUUAAAAUAAUUAAAAUAAUCGCGAGAUACCCAACCUAUUCUAUUGAUCUUUACCUUAUUAUUCCUCGAAUAAAAUAUCGUGUCGAUAUCGAUAUAUAUUAAUUAUCCUGGGAAACGUUCAAGAGAUUCGAAGUGAUAAAAAUAAAUCGAAUAAAUAUAAUAAAGUCGGUUAAAUAAAUCGAUCCUCGUCGCGUAAUCCUCGUCAUGUCGAUCGAGGGUGAAUUUUUUCUCUCAAUCACAGGAUCCAUCGAGUACGCGGAAUUUUACGACAUCGACAACGCCUACUGCAAAUAUGGAUUUCACUUUGGCCCGGAAUGGAGCGUGGUCGCGGGUAUCGAGGAGGGUUUGACACAGAUAUGCAAGUGCAGCGAUGACCCGCGAAAUCUGGCAGUUUGGAAUUUCCCGCUGGAAGUCACGUUCAAGAGUACUAAUCCCUAUGGAUGGCCCCAGUUAAUAUUGUCUGUUUAUGGGUUGGAUGUCUUUGGCCACGACGUCAUCAGAGGAUAUGGAGUGUGUCAUUUACCGCUGAAAAUAGGUCACCAUGAGAAAAGGGUAUCCGUCUACGUGCCAGAAUCUUCGUCGAUGUUGCAACGUUUCGCAGCCUGGUUAACCGGAAGAAGGCCAGAACUAAUUGAUCCAACGAUAUUGGCCACGGGUGGUGGCAGAGAACUCACGCGCAUGAGAGUGGAGGGUAUUGUUACCGUAACGUUCAACGUAGUGCUGAAAGAUUUCUUCAAGUUGGGAUACAACAAUGGCGAUCAUCAAAAAAAGUAACGAGAUAUUUCCAGGCUUAAAUCGUGAUUACGACACUUCUGUUCCUUCUCUCGGAGGAGAAGAAUGAUACAGGGAAGAUGAGAGGAAAUUUACAUCGUUCACUGCCAAUUUAAAAUCGAUCGUUCAAAUAAGUUAAAUGUUAGUGUUAUUUAUAGAUACGUAUGUGUAUAGAUUUUUGUGUCAAUGCGUAUUUUUUUUACAUAUGACGUAAAUAAAAUAGUUUUAAUAUUAUUGGAA